AUCGAUUAAUCUGUCAUUCGUACGUUCAAAAGUUAUCGAUAGCAUCCUCGUUUCUUUGCGGUAGGCAGAAGUUGUGUGAUUUUGUAAUAGGUGUUUUUUCAGUUAAUUCUCUAAUUAAAAAUUAAAAAAGUUUUUCUCUUUAGUAAUGGCUGCUCAAUUCUUCAAUCGCAUUGGCCAACUGGGUUUGGGUGUUGCUGUGGUCGGUGGUGUUGUAAAUUCGGCAUUAUAUAAUGUUGAUGGUGGCCAUCGUGCUGUGAUUUUCGAUCGUUUCACCGGUGUCAAGAAUGAAGUUACCGGUGAGGGUACCCAUUUCUUUAUUCCCUGGGUACAACGUCCCAUCAUCUAUGAUAUACGUUCACAGCCCCGCAAUGUGCCCGUGGUGACUGGCAGUAAGGAUUUGCAAAAUGUCAAUAUUACCUUGCGUAUCUUGUAUCGUCCCAUUCCCGAUCAAUUGCCAAGAAUUUAUACAAUUUUGGGUCAGGAUUACGAUGAAAGGGUAUUGCCUUCCAUUGCCCCUGAGGUCUUGAAGGCUGUUGUGGCCCAAUUCGAUGCUGGUGAAUUGAUUACACAGCGUGAGAUUGUGUCCCAACGUGUAUCCGAUGAAUUGACUGAACGUGCCAAACAAUUCGGUUUCAUUUUGGACGAUAUUUCCAUUACCCAUUUGACCUUCGGCCGUGAAUUCACCCAAGCCGUCGAAAUGAAACAGGUUGCCCAACAGGAAGCCGAAAAGGCCCGUUUCGUUGUCGAAAAGGCUGAACAACAAAAAUUGGCUGCCAUUAUUUCCGCCGAGGGUGAUGCCGCUGCUGCUGAACUUUUGGCCAAAUCCUUUGCCGAAGCCGGUGAUGGUUUGGUUGAAUUGCGUCGUAUUGAAGCUGCCGAAGACAUUGCCUAUCAACUAUCCAGAUCCCGUGGUGUUGCCUAUUUGCCUGGCAAUCAAAGCACACUGCUCAAUCUUCCUAGCAACACUUUGGCGCAAUAAACACGCAACAAUUUGAUUGGAUAUUAAGUUUUAGCAUUUAAAUAUGUUUUUUCUAUUAAAACAACCACACACACCUUUAUACCCAAAAAACACGAAAAAACCAAACCCCCCAUCCUCCAACUUUUUUCGUGAAAAAGUUAAAAAAUGGUUAUUGUUUUUAGACAAGAUACAUAACUGUAAAGAAACGGAAAUAUUGAACUCUUUGAAAGAGUAUUUCGAAGUAGCUGCUACACAUCUUUUAAUUUUAGGAUUUUUUUUGUUAAGAAAAAAGAAACUCAUUGCCCAGGGGUCUACAUUUUUGACAUAGACCAUAGUUCGUUGAUUACAAUAUGGCUUUGAUUUUAUUACUUAAGCCUGUAAUUCAUUACAAUUUCACUUAAUUUGUAAGCUGGUUAAUGUCGUUUGGAAAGAUGUAAAUGUUUGUGCCCCACUUGAGUUGUGUUAAACUUCUUUUUCUUAUUGCUUUAAGAAUUUUUGUAAAUUUUUAAGUACAAUAAACAAAAGUUAUAAAAUAUGUA